CGCCACAUUCGUAUUUGCAAAAGUGGCAGACAAACAUAGGAAAUUAGGAAUAAAUCCUUAUAAAACAAGAUGUAUUUAAUUUCAACUUCUAAGAAAACAGUGCUAUCCGAUUUUGCGGAUUUGGAAACAAAGUCAAUAUAUGCACACGCGAACGGAGAAGCAACAGAUUUUCAGUUCAACGCACAGCGUCGCAUCUUUGUGGAGGUGGACAAAAAGGCGGGAUUGACUGUGAUGCGCAUAAAGGAGAAUCAACAGAAUGCACCCGAAAUACAGCGCAUACGUAAAUUAACCAUUGAUAACGCAUUUUCGGUGUCUUGUGCCAAAACGUCGCCAAAUCAAAUUGCCAUUGGCCAAUCAAGUGGAUAUGUGAAGCUAUUUAACUUUCGUACGGCGGAGUUGAUACACCGCUAUCCGGCGAACCCGGCACGCAGCACAGUGCUCUAUCUGGAUUACAAUUGCACGGAUGAGUACAUUGCGGCUGUGCUGGAUGACGGCAAGAUUAACAUAUGUGGCACAAAAACCAAACAGAAGAUUGAUACACUUACCUUUGAUGAUCAUUCAACUCUGGCGCGCUUUCAUCCAAGCAAACGCUUCCAUAUGGCGGUUGCAUCUUAUAAGGGCGCUGUUAGCGUAUAUGAUCUACAGUCGAAAAAGACUAUUUUUAAUAUAGUUGAUGCACACGAUGCUCCUUGUCGCGAUGUCAGCAUGUGCAGCAGCCAGCCCUCUCUGCUGGUCAGCGUUGGCUACAACUGCAAGAUAAAUAUAUUCGAUAUACGCCGCAAUAAAGCGCAAUCGUCAACCGGCCGUUUAACCUACUCGCAUCCUUUGUCCACGGUGGCGUUGAGUGAAUGCGGCACGUACUUCUGUGUCGGCAAUCUCAAGGGUGAGCUUAUUGCCUACGAUAUGCGAAGUACCAAAGAACCACUGGCUGUACGAUCGGUGCACGAGGGCAGUGCUGUGAUGCGGGUCGCCUUUGUGCCCAUACCCACGGAGGAGCAGCAGAGUAGCAGCUUUACCAGCUCUACUAAUGUGACUGUGGAUGCAGGAAACAACAAAGCAGCUCAAGUUGAGCAGAUGCCCAGCGAUGAGCUGCGAAAAUCAAUCGCAGCCAGUUUGCUUAGCACCCAGCAGCAACUGUCCUCCAAUAUUAUGGUAACGCCGGCAGCAGUGCGUCUGCAGCGUGACUCAUUUUGCGAUUUCCUGGAUGCACAUAAACCACGAGCCAUAGAUCGUAUGUCAACGCGUCUCACAACCACUUCCCGGCGGGAUAGCUUUGAUUGGGAUGCGCUCCAUUCGAAGCCCGUCAGCGAGGAUCAGCGACAAAGCAUUUGCCCGUCCGGUUCUGGUCUCAGCUCCUUGGACAGCGCCAAUGUCUCUUCUGUAGAGUCACUACAACAAACUUUGAGCGGUCCGUUGCGGGAUCGCAGCAACGUUUCGGUCGAUGCAAAGUUAAAACAAAUUGCCGAAACAGAUGAACAGACUGAACUUCACGAGCGAUCGGUCAAUUGUUCCGCGGACAGUGACAAGGAAAAUCCGCAGAUGGCGAACAUUGAUGAAAAACGUCGCCUGCGCAUGCUCUCAGCCAGUCGGAAUAGUACGCCUCAUCAUGUGGCUGUCGCAGUUUCUCAGGCAGCAACAUUGCAAUUGCAGCCGCAACAGCUGUUGCCAAAGACAUCCAGCAAUGUUUCCUCAGUUGCCUCUCAACACGAUAGUUGCUUGGAUGUUCGCAAGGAGCUUACCGAGCUGCGUAGUUCCAUCGAGGAACGUUUCGUUCAUCUGGAGCGCGAGUUCAAAUGGAGUGUCGAGAAAAACAAAUUUCAAAUAUUCCAACAGGUGGCAAAUUACUGGAAUCAGCAGUUGGACAAUACAGAGGAGAUCCGGGAUGCUCUAGGCUUGCUAUUGCAAACUGAUGGCUUCAUGCAAGAGUUCUCCCGCCUUCAGCAUGAGAACGAGAUGCUCAAGGCACAGGUCCAAAAACUACUCAGCGAGCGAGAAAAUGAAAAUAACAAAAAAGCUUAAAGCUCAAAGCUAAAUUUUUAAUAUUUCAAAAAUUGAUUUGUUUAUUGUGAUUAUAUUGUAAUGUUUUUUGAAGAAUAAUAGAUUUAAAUUGUAUCCGAA